CGGGGGGCAUAGAAGCACCCAAGUGGAAAAAACGUUAACAAGAGUUUUAUAAUACAAUGCAGCAAAAGAACAGAUAACAGAAACAUUGUUCUAUCUUCUCUGCGUGUGUGUUCGUCGUGAAGUAAAUGGCCAGAGCAGCUUGCAACCAUCUUCACUUGGUUCCCAGUUUAGUUCAUCCAUUGAAGUCGACCCUCUUCACAAAUAACACUCUCUCCACCACACGCACUCGCUUCUAUGACAUUCAGCGAAGGUUCUCUUCAUCCAAGAUAAGCAUGAGCCUCAGGGCUGGUAUCGUUGGCCUUCCCAACGUUGGCAAAUCCACUCUCUUCAAUGCCGUUGUGGAAAAUGGAAAGGCCCAAGCUGCUAAUUUUCCAUUUUGUACUAUAGAGCCAAAUGUAGGGAUUGUUGCUGUUCCCGAUUCUCGUCUCUCUGUACUCUCGGAUCUCAGCAAAUCUCAGCGUUCUGUUCCAGCAUCAAUAGAAUUUGUGGAUAUUGCUGGGCUUGUCAAGGGUGCAAGUCAAGGCGAGGGGUUGGGUAACAAGUUUUUGUCGCAUAUUCGUGAGGUGGAUUCUAUACUUCAGGUUGUACGAUGUUUUGAAGACAACGACAUUGUUCAUGUGAAUGGGAAGGUUGACCCCAAGUCUGAUAUCGAUGUUAUCAAUUUGGAGCUCGUUUUCUCAGAUUUGGACCAGAUUGAAAAAAGAAUUGAUAAACUAAAGAAGGGCAAGGCAAAGGAUUCACAAUCUAAACUCAAGGAAGAGGCAGAAAAGUCUGCAUUGGAAAAGGUUCAACAGGCGCUUAUGGAUGGAAAGCCUGCACGAUCUGUGACCUUAACAGAUUUUGAAAGGGAUGCUGUAAAACAUCUCUGCUUACUCACCAUGAAACCUAUUAUAUAUGUGGCAAAUGUUGCAGAAACCGAUCUUGCAGAUCCUGCAGACAAUAAUUUUGUCAAGGAUGUUACAAAUGUUGCAUCUGAGUUGCAGUCCAGAAUUGUAACAAUUUCAGCACAGGUUGAGGCAGAGCUUACUGAGCUAGCUAUUGAAGAACGACAAGAAUAUUUGCAAUCUCUUGGUGUUAGUGAAAGUGGUCUUGGAAACUUAAUCAGGGCAACUUAUGACCUUUUGGGUCUGAGAACUUACUUUACUUCUGGUGAAAAGGAGACAAAAGCGUGGACAAUACUUGCAGGAAUGACUGCACCUCAAGCUGCUGGAGUUAUUCACUCUGACUUUGAGAAAGGUUUCAUUCGAGCAGAGACGGUAUCUUAUGAUGAUUUUGUUGCUGCUGGUUCACUUGCUGCAGCACGAGAAAAAGGAGUUUUGAGAUCUGAAGGAAAAGACUAUGUUGUACAAGAAGGAGACGUCAUGUUGUUUCGGUUCAAUGUUUAGCAGAAUUUACUACUGUACCAGACAGUGGAGAAGUUGAGAUGUAUUUUUGACCAAGGUCAGAAUUUUUAUUUUCAGCCAAUUAGUGAUUAUAGAUAAGCAUUGUUUGUUUAUAGUGUCGAUUGAUAAAUGCUCCCCUUCUAGGAGAAAUGAGGAAAUUGAGAUUCAAUUUCUGACUACAGGUCAGAAAAUUUUGGCAAAAUUGAUGGCUAGAAGUCAAUAUUUUUGGCAGCCAAUUUCUUGUUAAAAUUUUAAGAGAUAUUGUUUUGUUGUACUGAUUA